GUCAACUUCAUCCUUAAGAAGGCACUUUGACUGAUCUUUGUCUCACCUUUGCGGAACCCUCCUCGCUUGCCUGUAUUAUCUGACGUCCAAGAAACGCUCUUCAAAAGACCACUCCAUCCCGCUAUCCCACCCAGACUCUCGGGUAUUCACGACAUCUUCACUCUUUUUGUCUUUUAUAUUGCCCAGUACUUGUCUGACCCAGUCACUCUUUACUUGUACUCGACAGGAUAUUGCUCUAUUAUCCGUUCGUUCUUCAAACACCCCGAGUGUCGCAGGUUCACGCUUCAACUUACACGCGGCUCUGAAUCUUCAUUCCAAUCAUUACCACCACCUCGCAUCUUACAUUCCUCAGAAGCGGCCCGUGAUGGAGAACAUGGGUUCAUACCACCACCAACCCCAAUGGCCUGGUUGGGCUUACCAAAACCAUACCAGCCAGUACCCCAGAUACUCUCAGCAGCUACCUAGUUAUGCUGCUUAUCUUCCCGAAUCGAUGGAGCUCUACAAUGCUCAUCAGGGUCAUCUCCUACACCGUCACCAAAUGUCUAGAACAACUGAGACAAAGCCUAGACUCUCCAAAGAAGAGGUCGAGGUACUCGAGGCUGAGUUUCAAAAGAACCACAAGCCCAACAGCACAGUUAAGAAGGCAUUGGCCGAGUCAAUGAGAGUCGACAACGCUCGCAUCAACAACUGGUUCCAAAACCGACGAGCACGGGAGAAGAAGGAGAAAAACAUCCGGGAGUACGCGGCCAAACAAAGAUUGGACAAGGACACGGCAACCAACGAAGCUGGUGUUCAUUCAGACGACGAUCGUCUCUCUGACCGUGUUGUUUCCAGUGCUCCUUUCCCAGCCCCUCGCCUUGUUGGAGCCCGGACGACAAACAUAUCGAGCCCAGAGCAAGAGAGCGAGAAUGAUACCAGUCAACCUGACUUUGGGGCCGGGUCGUCUCCUGACCUGUCUUCCCAGCCAACGCCUGAACCUCUGUCUGCAUCGACCAGUACAUCUCUUGCCUGCUACAGCCAGUACCCUCAACUCAUCGUGCCGGAAGACGAGGAUGAGGUCACCCCUUCUCUGCCUCAGCAGUGCUUCCCUAGGCUAUCCACAUCGCCUAUCCAAGAGCAAUAUAUGUACUCCAGAAACGGCGUUGCUGUUAGCCAGUCCAACCAGCCCUCGAUGCUAAAACCUUCUCCUUCUAUGGACAUUGCCUCUCGUCGAAACAAGCGUCCCCCUCAACUUGCAAUCAACGCUCCUCGCAGUUUUUCGGCAAGCGGACCCAGAACUGGGAUCGACAUUGGAAGAAGAGCUGAGGUGGGACAUUCGAUGCGCCGCGUUGCUUCUGCAACUGGAGUUGGACGCGUCGGUAAGCCCAUGACUGGCCCCCGAAGCCCUUACUUUGAACGAAACCCCGACGCCUUAUUGCAGUUGAACCGCUCCCCCAACUUCCAAAAGGCAGCAACCAUUGCACCACCCACUCCCAACACUCCUGUUGUUGCACAUCAGCAGGGCCUGUGUGAGGCCACUCCAGCCAGCACCGUGGGAUACGAAGAGAAAUACCCAAUGGAUCUAGCAAUCCACGACCCAACACUCCGAACACCACCCACCACUCCUGGAGUCAUGGAUCACUUGUACAACAACGAUUCUAAUUACCAAGUUGCCAUAGCUGAUGAGCCUUUGGUGACGCCAGGACUGGUAGCUUUUCCCCACGACUUCGAGGUGCCUGGCUCAUCGGGUCAAGUGCCCAACUACCUCUCUCACGGGUGCGCUAGCCAGCCUCAAACUCCAUCAUACGCUGCCCCGAUGGGACCUACCUAUUUUGGCUUCGCUGGCGGCAACGCCGAAUACAAUUGGUCUGAUGAUGCUUCGCUAUCAGCGCACUCAUCCCCUGGACAGAGCCAGCAAAACGUCAACUUCAUGAACAUGACCCCCUCGAGCUUCACCUACUCAGACAAGUAAUUGUCCUUCACAUAUAUUCAUCAACACCUUGCUUUUCAGCACCAGCAUUUGAACUUUGUAAAUAAACAGCGAUAUUUUGCUUUCUUUUAUCUUCUACUUCAAGGACAUUGUACAGUAUAGACUCGGUGCCUUUUUAUCAGCAGGAAAUGGCAAAAGAAAUGCCACUCAUGGCGAUUACUUGAUAUUUUUUCCUUUGUUCCUUGUGCCCGGGAUACUUGACGAAUGAAAUCAACGGCAUCACACCCUAAUGUAAUGGGAAUACGGCACUGGAUGGCGCUCAGGAAUGUACACAGGGAGCGGGGAUUGUUCGCCAUGGGAUAUCAGCUACACAAGCUUGGGCGCAAAAAUUUGACAGGAGCAGCAGGUGAUGAUGCAUCAGUGCUGACUCUUGAGGAGCCAGACCAAAGCAUAAGACUGAAGGGAGGAUAACCAAGUUGGAAAAAUAGAGAAAAUGACAAAAUUCA